AUGAAACAAGAUAAUGACAGUCUCAUGCAACUCAUCUUCCCUGACGAUCCACCAACUGUAACUAAAGAGGAUGUUGUUGUGGAAGAGACAAAAAUUAUUGAUGAAGGAGUGCAUGCACACACAUUCCAUCAUGUCACUGAAGAAGUGCAUAGAGAUAGCGGAGAUCAGCAUUCAAUUGGGCAUGGAGUUCAUCUCGAUGAAACCAAAUCCAUCGUUUUAGAUGAUAUUUUCCCAGUUGAAACUCGCGCUAUACACCAUGACAGCAUAUCUCAUGAACAUGGUGUAGGUAAAAGUGAUAUUUUCAUCCUUCGCCAUACAGAGUUCUCGGAUUACAAUGAAAAUCCUGUUUCUCAUAUUGUGCUUGAACGUGAUGAUAAUGCAUCACAAAUAUCCGUUCAUUCAUCUAUAUCGAAAGCACCAUCUUCUGUAUCUAUUCAUUCGAGUGUUUCACAGAAAAGUGUGCAUGCUUCUGACCAUCAUGUGGAAACCGUAGAGGAUCAUCAUGAGUAUCAUGCGCCUGAAUCAUUCCACGAAUCGAACGCAAGUGUGAGAAGCCAUCAACAGUCCUUCGUUCAGUCUGAAAGCUCUGAAAACUUGUUCUUUGGUCGCAAGCAAAGCUACCCUAUUAGAGAAAAUUACAGAGUCAACGAGACAUAUUCUGAUGUUCAUCAUGGGUCGUCCAAUGAUAUUCAUCAAAUAAAAGUUAGACAGUAUGGGUUCGAUUCUUCCGAUGUAGAAGAAGAGCGCAAAGUUCGCCAUGUUCAAGCAUCAGAUGAUAGUAGUUCAACAAAUUCAACAGUGAGUACUGUGGUGCCGCAGAAGCUCGAACAUGUACAUGAGCACAGAAGUCCAAGCAUUGUUUCUGAAACAGAAAUGUUUCACCAUUUCACAACUGAACCAGACCGCAUAUCACUCAAUUCUCGCGAUGUACAUAUCGCACCUGUUCAUCAUGGACCUAUUAUAAGAGAUGAUCCCAGACCUGUGGAAAUCGUCCUUCCUUUAACCGACGAUCAUAAACAUAACCGCAGAAGCUAUACCGCUUCGUCUGUUACUACUACUUCUGCAUACCACCACAAUACACACAAUGAAGCUGUUCACGUGACUGCUCCAGUAGUGAUAGAGAAGAAAUCUCACUAUAUGGAGCAAAUUUCUCCUGAAGAAGAGCUGAUGCACGGUCCUUCUGUCAAGUUCUUGGCUUCUCGCUUCAACUAUGGAGUAAGACCGGUGAAUAUUGACAAACUAACUCAAAUGAUGUACUGUCAUCCUGACGGAACUUUCCACCAUUCUGGCUACGUCGAGUCCGAUUUACAUCAUAUUCAUUCUACAAAUACUCAUGUUUCCAACGAAGAAACUCACCAUGUUCACAAAAAAGGCAGUAGUCAUGUUUCUACUAACCAUAAUAACCAUGUCAGUUCGAGUUCGCACACUCAUAAAGUGGAUCCCAAUGCUUUUGAAAAAAAAUCGGUAUCCAAGCAAGAAAUAGCUAGAGAUCAUCACAAGCAUCCAGCUGCAUCACAAACUCAUGGUCAAAACCAGCACUCUUCAUCUCACGUUCAUGACCAUGUUCAAGAUCAGCUACAUGAUCAUUCUAAGCACUCUGUCGUCUCACAAGCUCACGGACAGGCAAAAAUUCAUCAACACGGUCAUGAUCAUUCGAGACACUCAAUCGUUUCGGGAGUGCAUGCACAUGAACACCAUCAUCGUACUAAUUCAGCUGUUCAUGGAUAUGAUCUUUCGAGACGGCCAGUAGUUGAGGGUGAACAUGGUAAAGAUCAUCCAAGACAUUCUGUCUCAGCAAUUCAGAGGCACGAAGUACCUGGUCAGAAACAACCAGCACCUAUACAUGAACAUCAUCAUUCUGAACAUUCGCAUGAACACCAUCAUCAUAAACAUCUUGCAAGUCAAACUGAGACAGAGCAUCACCAUAACAACGAGGAAAUCGUAUUUGAAAGCGAAGUUGAAUUUGAACCACAACAGUCAGUAGCUCACUUGUUGGGACGUUAUGGAGGAGGACGCAACAAACAAGAACAAAUCGUAAUUCCUGAUCACAUUUCUGUGGAUCGCGAUUUCAACAGAAAUGCUCAAAUGAAAAUUUCAAGAAUUUCUGAUGUCAACGGAAACAAUAAGUUCCAAUCGAUUCGAGUUGUCAAGAACGUUCGUCAGUUUAUUCAUGAAUGGGGACACAAGGACUUUGUUCCAGUUUCUCCGACUGUUCGUUCAACGAAUCACCUCGAAGCACACGAGCAUGAGCAUCAUCACAAAGAUCAUCAUAACACUCAUCGUGAUCACGAGAAUCAUCAUCAUUAUGAGCAUACCCACCAUCAUGAACACAAGCUCGAACAUGUACAUGAGCAUGGGCACAAACAUGGUCAUGAUUAUCAUCACGAGAACUUGCGAGAGCACGCUCCUGUUAGAAUAGCAGAGAGUGUCAAAUCAAGCGUGUACUCGGAUUAUACUCCAAACCAACAGAAACAUUAUUGUCCUUCAGUUCUAUCUAUCUCUGAAGAAAAGAAAGAAGAAGCCAUUCAUAUAGGAUCAAUCGCUGAGAGAAUCGCUAGCCUACAAGACUGUUGCGCUGGACCAGCUAAACAUCAUGGCAUUCCUGCUAUGGUUAACCUACUUGAGUGA